AUGCCCAAAAAGGACGCCCUAUCCCCUGAGGGCGGGGCGGGGCCUUCUGCUCUGGCCUUUCUAACCCCGGAGGGUGGGGCGGGGCGGGGCCGUCUGCUCUGGUCGCUCAAUCCCGGGAGGGUGGGGCGGGGCCGCCUGUUCCGGCCACACCUGACCCCGCCCUCACCUCCCCCACCCAGGCAGGUGCUCCGCGACUACAACUGCCUGCAGGAGCUGCUGCAGCACCUGACCUCACUCAGCCUGACCAUCGUGAGCAACGCGUUCGGCACGCUCUGGAACCUGUCGACCCGCUGCGCGCAGGACCAGGAGCUGCUGUGGGACCUGAGCGCCGUGGGCAUGCUGCGCAACCUGGUGCACUCCAGGCACAAGAUGAUCGCCAUGGGCAGCGCCACGGCCCUGCGCAACCUGCUGGCCCACCGGCCCGCCAAACAUCAGGCGGCCGCCACGGCCGUGUCCCCCAGCACCUGCGUGCCCAGCCUCUACGUGUGCAAGCAGCAGGCGCCGGAGGCGGAGCUCGACGCCCAACAUCUGGCGCAGGCGCUCAACCACCCGGAGAAGCAGGCCCUGCGGGGCCAGGCGGCAGUCAAGAAGCCGCUGCCGCCCCUGCCGCACCUGGACGGGCUGGCGGGGGACUACACCUCCGACUCGGUCUGCUUCGACGACGACGACGCGCCGUCCCUAGCCACCGCCACCGCCGAGCCCACCAGCCCGGCCGUGCUCUCCCUCUUCCUGGGCAGCCCCUUCCCGCAGGGCCAGGCGCUGGCCCGCACCCCGCCAGCCCCCCGCGGCGAGGCUGCCUUGGCGGCCAAAGCCAAGCUGGCGCUGGCAAUGGCGCGGAUCCACUGUCUGGUGGAGGACAUCUUGGCCUUGCACACCUUGUCUGAUGACAGCUUCAGCCUCAGCUCCAGGGACCACGGGCAGGAGGCGCCGAGGGAGGGCCAGGCGCAGUCCUGCUCGCCCUGGGGCGGCCCCAAGGGUGGCCGGCAGGAAGCAGGGGGCUGGGUGCACGCCCUGCUCUGGCUCAAGGCGGCCCAUGCCAGCCUGUCCAACGACAGCCUCAACAGCGGCAGCACCAACGAUGGCUACUGCCCGCGGGAGCACAAGCGGACCUGCCCGCUGGCCGCGCUGGCCGAGCACCGUGAGGAGCUCCUGGGUGGGCAGCCGCGGCCCGCUCGGCGCUCGGCCCGAUCUCGACCUGAGGGGCAGCCAGGCCUAGGGCCCACCCGGGACGCCGCCGGCGCCGACGCCCGCGUGGGCACCAUCAAGCUGUCGCCCACCUAUCAGCCCGUGCUGCCGCUGGAGUCCGCGGGCAGGGCAGGCGCCCCCGCGGCCUGGAAGCAGGCCUGGCUGCCGGCAGAGGGCCUGAGCCAGGUGCUCGAGAAGCUGGGGGCCGCCAGGCCGGCCGCGGCCAGCAGGGCGCUGCAGAGGCUGGUGGCGCAGUAGGGGCCCCUCUCGCUGUCCCGCUGCAGCUUGCUGUCCUCGGUCGGACGCCUGGGCCCCAGCGAGGCCAGAGACCUGGACAGCGACUCCUCCCUCCAGGGCCUGGAGGAGGCCGGCCCCGAAGAGGCGGAGCUUGACGGGGCGUGGCGUGGGCCGGGGGCCGCCUCCCUACCCGUCGCCAUCCCGGCGCCCCGGCGGGGCCGAGGUCUGGGCCUGGGCGUGGAGGACGUCAGGCCGUCCAACUCUUCUGAGAACUGUGUGCAGGAGAUACCGCUGGUGCUGAGCCGCUGGUGCAGCUCCGUGAGCUCCCUGGGCAGCUUCCAGAGCCUGUCCAUCGCCAGCUUCAUCCCCAGCGGCCCUUGCAGUGGGCUGGGCAGCGGCACAGUGAGCCCCAGCGAGCUGCCUGACAGCCCCGGGCAGACCAUGCUGCCCAGCCGCAGCAAGACGCCGCAGGCCGCGCGGCCCGGCCAGCCCGAGAGCAGCCAGUUCAGCCUGCGGUGGGAGAGCUACGUGAAGCGCUUCCUGGACAUCGUCCACUGCCGCGAGCGCUGCCGCCUGCCAUCCGAGCUGGACGCUGGCAGCGUCCGCUUCACCGUGGAGAAGCCGGACGAGAACUUCUCCUGCGCCUCCAGCCUCAGCCCGCUCGCCCUGCAGGAGCACUAGGUGCAGCAGGACAUGGAGCUGCGGCUGCUGCCGCCCUCCUGCCCAGACUGCGGCGUCUGUGGUGGUGGCGGUGGUGCCGGGCAACGCCGGUGAGAAGAAGCCGCCAGACGCCAAGAGGGGCCGGCGCCCGCAGGCUCCGGGACCCGCAUGGCCGCGGACCAGGAGCUGGAGCUGCUGCGCGAGUGCCUGGGGGCGGUCGUGCCCGCGCGGCUCCGCAAGGUGGCCUUGGCGCAGGUGCCCGGCCGCCGGGCGCUGCCCGUCCCGGUCUACAUUCUGGUGCCCACCCCGGCCCGGGAGGACGACUCGGCCGAGGGCACGCUGGUCAACUUCUCCAGCGCCGCGCCACUCACCCGGCCACCCGGCCCCACCCCAAAGCUGUCCCUGGCCCCCGCGCCACACCGAGGUAGGCGGCGGAGACCCCCAGCUCGGCACAGCCAGCAGCCGCAGAAGUCGCCUGGCUUACUGCCUUGCCGGCGCAUGGAGCUGUCCUCGGCCGCCGCCUCCGUCGCCUCCGCCUCCACCUCCCAGGGCGCGUCGCCCCGCCGCGGACGGCCGGCGCUCCCCGCCAUCUUCCUCUGUUCUUUGCGCUGCGACGAGCUGAGGGCGGCCCCCUGGCAGCAGCCGACCCGGCCAGGGUCCGGUCCCGGCCCCAGCACGUGCGCGCUCCGGCGCAGCAGCUCCAAGAGCCCGUCGCGCCUUCCAGUGCGCACGCCCCCCGCGCUACCCCUCUUCAAGCGCUACUCCUCCCAGCCCCACAUCAGCAUGGCCCAGCCACUGCCCAGGGUGGUCGCGCCAGGCACGAUGUGGCGGCGCAUCCGGGAUGGCGUCGCGCACAUCCCGCGCAGCACCCUGCCCUCCUCGGCCCUGCUGCUCCGGGGCCACCCGCCGCCGCGGAAGACCUGGGACUCCGCAGUGCAGAUGGAAGAGGUGGCCCAGCCCAAGACCAACGCAAGCACGUCCCCGAGCCUGGGGAACCCGGAGCAGCCCGCCCCAACCAGCGCCCCGGCCGCCCUCCUGGGCAACGAAGUGGAUGAGCCGGUCCCGGCCAAGGGCCCUGCCCCCGCGCCCUUUGCCCAAGAGGGCUUGGGUAUCGCCUUGGGGGCUUCCCUGCCAGCCUGUAGGGCCACUGAGGAUCAGCGGCCACUUGGCAGCCUUCCCUCCACCCACCCUCCUGUUCCUCACGCCGCCCUGCAGCAUCUGUCCCAUGUGUACAUAGCGCGCCACCCGCCAGCACCCCAUCUCCACCCCGGCCAGGCCAGAGACCCCUGCGACCCCCACCAUGGCCCCUGUCCCGCGGCAUGCUCCCCCUCCGUUAAUGGGGCCAACGCCUUCCUCAGCCCCAUGCCCAUGCAGCAUGGGACACAUGGUCCUGCCCCAGCCACCAUUCCUGGGGCCUCGGGGCCGCCUCCUGCCCUGCCCCGGCCUGAGCCCCCUACCUUCCGGGGCCAGCGCGGUGAAGACAAGGUCUUGGCCCGUGCUCCGUGCACGUCCUCCAGGAACUGCUCCACUGUGGGCGGCGCUGGGCUCAUGGGCAGCACCACGAACUUCUUGGCCUUGGAUCUCAUGCCUGCAGGUGGCAGAUGA